UGUCGUACUUGUAAUGAAUGCAAGUAUGAUAGAAGCCCAAUAGUACCGCCAAUGCAAAAAACUCCUUUGCCAAACACACCAUUUCAAAUAUUACACAUCGACAUACUUUUCUUGGAAAAACAUUACUUUUUAACUUGUGUAGAUAAAUUUUCGAAAUAUGCACAAGUAGUAAAAAUUGACUCCAGAGCCGUUGUUGAUGUAUUACCAGCGUUGAGAGAAGUAAUACUAAAACAUAAACCUCCCGAAAGCAUUGUCUUAGAUGGAGAAAAAUCUUUUAAUUCACGGGAAAUUACAGAAUUCUUUAAAAUCUGUAAAAUCAACCCUUACCUAACAGCUACUGGAAGAAGCGAAAUGAAUGGUGUAGUAGAAAGAUUCCAUUCAACUUUGCUUGAAAUAUAUCGUAUCACAAAAUCUGAACAUCCUUACAAAUCCGUUUUAGAUUUAGUUACGAUGGCAGUUCACAAAUACAAUAAUUCUAUACAUUCUUGUACUACAUUCACUCCUAUCGAAAUUAUAACACCCACCGACAACACACCUUCAAUCUUAAAAAAAGUUCAAACCAAUUUGAAGAUAAAGCAAGAUAAAGAUACUAAGUACCAUAACAAGAAUCGAAAAACAGAAAACAUAGCUAACACAUCUCAAGCGUACAUGAAAACAAAAAGAAGGCUCAAACAAGCAAAACCGUUUAAAAAGAUAGAAAUAGAGAAGGUUAAUAGAACCACCGUUUUAACAAAAGAAGGAAAGAGGAUCCAUAUGAGCGAUAUAAAACUUAAACCUUUAUAAAUAUAUUCUCACAGGUGCCUACGUUGCAGCUAUGGCCAAAACAUUACAUUAUCUAACUUGGAUAACAUACCUAUAUUGGCAUUUAACAGGGGCGACGCGAGAGUAGCAAUGGGUAAUAACUAUUAUAUCCAUCAUUUCAAUGUUUCAAACAUACAGAGCGAAAUUAAGAUCCUAUCGGUUGAAUUCAGAACCCUAGAAGAAACCCAAUUCUCAACAAUGAUUGAACAAGAAUUUCGAAAUGCAUACGAAAUGUUAAAAAAUACUUUCCCAAUUCAUAGAACUAAAAGAUGGGACUCAAUAGGAGCCGCUUGGAAAUUCAUAGCAGGAAGUCCAGAUGCCAAUGAUUUGCGUCUGAUUAAUUCCACACUAAACGAAUUGAUAAUUAAUAAUAAUGCUCAAGUUAAAAUAAAUAAUGAUCUUACGUUUCAACUAACAGAUACACUGAAACAAAUCAAAGAAGCACUUAGACUUUCGCGAGAUUCCUCAAUAGAUUUCUAUUCUCUCAACAUUCUCCUAAACCUCAAAUACUUAUCAGAAAAAUUAAGUCUAGUUACAGACAGCAUUGCUCUAGCAAAAUUAGGUAUAACGAAUCCUCGCAUAUUGAAUAGAAAUGAAAUAGACUUAUUAAUUAAUGACAUAAAAGAACAAAAUAUUCCGAUUCAAACAAUCUCUGAAGCCUUAUCAUAUACGAGUACAAAAAUAGCUACUAACAAGGAUGAAAUGUUAUUCAUAAUAAGUUGUCCAAAACUAACAAACGAUGUAUACAAAAAAAUUGAAUUGUAUGGUGUAACGAAUAAGAAUAAGAAAAUCGAUGUUCCCAAAAAGUUUUACCUUUCCCUACAAUCCCAAUUCUUCAUUGUACCAAACGUCGACAAGAAUAUCUACGAUUCAAAAGAGUUGCAAGAAGACAACGGUAAAUGCGUCCCAGCUCUUUUACGAGGACAACCAGCAGUAUGUGACUUCAUAGCGAACCCAGCAAUGAUCGAAAUCAUUCAUCUAGACAUGGCUCACAUUUUGAUCAACUCAGCAGUGGAGUUCACAAUUAAAACCACAUGCGGUCUAAAAAGGAGAAACCUGACAGGCUCGUUUCUCCUAUCAUACGAAUCAUGCAACAUAUUCCUGAAUGAGGAAGAGAUUUCGAGCAACAAAACUGAACUACAUGGAUCACCGUUGAAUCUUCCUAUCUACGAACUCAGAAACGAGAUGCACCAAAUUCGAUUAGAAUCCAAGAGCUUCACUUGGACCGGAUGGUCUAUUACCAGCUUAAACAAUCAUAAACAUCCAUGAAAAACCAACACCUAGAACUGCAUCAUCGAAAUCCCAAGAUAGUGAACCCAACGUUGAAAACUUUCACCCGCCAACUAUUAUGGAAGUUUUUCGGACGGAGCCUCAAAUUUAAGGAGGGGCAAGUUAACGCUCGUCGCCACAACCCUUCCACCGGAUGUACCCUUUCCUAUGAUAUCUACCUGAAGAAUAGGCUACAGAUACAUAAACAUCCGUUCAGGUGCAAGACAUGAACAUCAUCCAGACAUCAACAGCCUAAAAUGUCCUUCACAUCCAGCCAGCAUACUGUUGUAAAACAAUUCACCAACUAUCGCCAUGCACCUUUACCUGGUCAUCUGUAUCCUGGCUAUUCAGAUACAUGCAUCCCUAGACCCGUAUUGGAAUUCCCUGAUAAACCGUCUAACAUCAGGUACUCCAAGCCACCAUCAAGCAAGCAGCGAAACAACGAAUCAUUAACCCUUCCAUCCUGCUUCCUCAUAUUGUGAAAUAGAAAUAGUUUAUUAUAUUUAAGGACGAAAUUUAGAAAUACAUUCACUCUCAGUUCAGCUCUUAAACAACAACGUUACUCUGUCCGAGGAAUCCGAAUCCAACCCCAACCCCCGUGUUUGUUAACUCGU